GGGAGAGUGUGCAUAAUAGUAUUAUAAAAUAUAAUUCCUACUUUUUCCUCUUUCAUGUCCGAAACCAUUUUAGAUAAAAAGACCUCUUUUCUAUUCUUUCAACAAUCCGCAAGAAAAAGAAAAAAAAAGGAGCAAAAAUGUCUUCACCAAGCAAACGCAGGGAGAUGGAUUUGAUGAAACUGAUGAUGAGUGAUUACAAAGUGGAAAUGAUCAAUGAUGGCAUGCAAGAGUUUUAUGUGGAAUUCAAUGGACCUAAAGAAAGUCUUUAUCAAGGAGGUGUGUGGAAGAUAAGAGUCGAAUUGCCAGAUGCUUAUCCUUACAAAUCUCCAUCAAUUGGCUUUGUCAACAAGAUCUAUCACCCAAACGUUGAUGAAAUGUCUGGUUCGGUGUGUUUGGAUGUUAUCAACCAAACUUGGAGCCCCAUGUUUGAUCUGGUAAAUGUAUUUGAAGUAUUUCUCCCUCAGCUACUUUUGUAUCCAAAUGCAUCAGAUCCAUUGAAUGGAGAAGCUGCUGCUUUGAUGAUGCGUGAUCACACUGCUUACGAUCAAAGAGUGAAAGAAUAUUGUGAGAAAUAUGCGAAGCCAGAGGAUAUAGGGGCAAAACCAGAAGAAAAAUCCAGUGAUGAAGAGCUGAGUGAAGAUGAUUACAACUCUGAUGAUGACCAAGUCGCUGGCAAAGCCGAUCCUUGAUUAAAUAUAUGGAUGUCUUCCAAUUGUCUGUACCUGUACAUGAAAUUCAGCUCUUUUAAAAUGAAAAAUUAAAUCGCACAGCAAAACUGAAGGCUGAUGGAAAAAAUCCUUCCCUUCUCUCUUUAUGUCUUUAUUUGCCAUAAAUGUAAUUAUUCAAACUCUGGAUCAAUGUUUCAGAUAUUCAUUACUGUUGGGAGGGAGGGUCUAAA